AUGGCAAGCCUACAAAACAUACUACCCCAGGAGGGUACCUCCGGCACUGCCGGGGGAGAAUCCCUCCCCGUGGCCUCGGCUGCGGGCUGCCCCGCGUAUUCUGGGGGGGGCAAGGACUGCUUUUCCAAUACGACGACUCAGGCAAGAAUAAUGGCAACGAUUGCACGCGAUCUGGAUUCGGAGGUGACGAGACGCCCAUCAGUGGAUGGCGUCGAACUAAAAGAGGCGAGAGUGCGGCUGGAGCGCAUUCCGAUCGCGGCACCCAGCGAUACGUCGAAUGCAAAGACAAGAAGUGACAGGAUGGAGUGCGAUGGUGGAGCAGCGUCCGAUUCGGACUGCAGCGUCACCGUCGCUGCCGAAAGGGGGCCGAUUUCGGACGCCAUGGCUGCAAUGCUCGGCGCGAAACGACCCCGCCUCAGUGAGGGGUCCACGGACGAUGAACGGACGGCGUCCCCAGGGAUGGCAAGGUGGCGCCAACAAGAGAAGAGGGCCGCGGCCAAGGCUCGCGCCAAACAAAAGGAAGAAGACUUGGAAAAAGAAGCUGAGCUCGCUCGCUUCCGGCGCGAGACGCGGUCUGCGUUGUUUCCCCGACCUGCCGAGAGGACGGGAGAGAGGUGUGCCGCUCAGCUCCAAGAGCAGGUGCAGGAGGACUUGGCUAUUAUCGAGAAGGUGGCGUCCAAGUCCUCUAACUUGAAGGGCAACUUUGUGCGAGCCCUGAAGGACGCUGCGGUUUCAAUUAAGGAAGCCGUGGAAGUCCUAGGGGCCCGCACACUAUCGGAGGAGACAUGCCAGCUCCAGGCGGAUAAUGCCCGACUGCGGGCCGAGAUGGAUGCACUCCAUAAGGAGCUAGCAGCCAUAAAGGAGGAUCUGCGGAAACGGGGUUCCGCAGUCUCCUCCCACCCGGAUACGACAGUGAAGGCCGUCCCCGCAUCACGGCCCCCACAAACACCUAACGAGACCACCUCCGUGGAGGAGAUCUGUCGCGCAGUAAUGGUCCAGGUCGGAGGCAUGAUGAACGCCCGCCUGGCCUCGCUUGAGGACAGACUCCUCCCGGAGAGGAACCUGCGGCCGCCUCUCGCGGCCGAUAAGAAGAGGGACGGGAGCUCGUACGCUGCCAAGCUGGCGGGGCAGCCGACGGUGCCCGCUAAAGGAAAAGACCAGGGAGCGGCCAGGCAGGCGGCGCAGAAAGUGCCAGCCCAGCCAGGCACCAGCGGCACCCAACGGAAGGCUCCCGCUGCGCCAUCGCAGCGCCCGCCGGGCCCCGCCCAGAGCCGGCCCGAGACACAGGGCACGAGCGCCUCCUCACCCGCUACUGCGGAAAAGGGGAAGAGCAAGAGAAGGAGAAAGAGGAGGAAGAAUAAGAAAAAGAACUCACCACCCGGGCAGCAGCAGUCGCAGCCCGCGGUUGGUGAGUGGAUAAAGGUGGGGCCCAAAAGGCGUCAAAAGGAGAAGGCUGGUGCCGCCAAACUCCACGCGCCCCGGUCGUCUGCGGUGGUCAUCACGCUGCAGCCGGGCGCGUCAGAGCGGGGAGCCACCUACGCUAGUGUCAUCGCCUCGGCAAAGGAGAGAAUUAACCCGGCCGAGCUUGGAGCCCAGGGCGUUCGCCUUCGGAAGGCUGCCAACGGGGGUCGUAUUUUUGAGUUCCCAGGCGCCUCCAGUGGCGAGAAGGCGGACUCCCUGGCCCAAAGGCUGCGGGAGGUCCUGGAUAGUGAAGUCGUCCGCGUCUCCAGGCCUACUAAGUCGGUGGCCCUACGGGUGUCAGGCCUGGACGACUCUACCACCAGUGCCGAGGUGGUCGCCGCGAUAGCUGCAGCGGGAGAGUGCCCCGCCGAGCAACUGCGGGCCGGCGUGAUGUCCACCGGCCGUGACGGACUGGGAUCAGUGGUUGUCCAGUGUCCCGUCGCGGCUGCGAAAAAGAUCGCGACCGCUGGUCGUCUGCUGGUGGGCUGGGUGUCCGCCCAGGCUAGGGUGCUGGAUGCCCGGCCAAUCAGAUGCUUCAGGUGCCUGGCUCCCGGGCACCUAUCCGGCCAGUGCCAGGGGGUAGACCGCUCCGGACUCUGUUUCCGGUGCGGUCAACCAGGGCACAAGGCCCGCGGAUGCACCGCUACGCCUCACUGCGUGGUCUGCGCUGCGGCCGGCAUGCCGGCGGAGCACCGAGUCGGCAACAAAGCCUGUGUCUCCCCACCCAAGGGGAAGAGAAGCAAGAAGGGAGGUGGGGACGGUCAGAACCCGACGGUCGGACAGCCCACUGCCUCACCCCUACAGGCGGCACCGCCGCAGGCCGAGGAGGUUGCUAUGGUCGUGGAAUAA